AACUAGGUACAGCAGGAAUACUCCAGGCCAGCAGGGGGCGGUAAUACACCUGAAGCCGUUUUCCAACUGUUGAAGAGGAAAUCACCUGAGCAUGCGCACUACUGAUCUACAGGGGCAUGAUCCUAACGUUGUGCUGUCGAUAAUUGGGAACAAUCUUCUCUGAGUGUCUGUCCAGUGUAAGCUGGGCAAACGCGUGUGGGUUUCUGCUUGUUUGAGCCGAUCAUCUUGCAAAAAUGGAUUUCCAGCAUCGAGCUGGAGGGAAGACGGGGAGCGGUGGGGUCGCAUCUUCCUCAGAAAGUAACCGGGACAGGCGAGAGAGGUUACGCCAACUGGCCCUGGAGACUAUUGACAUCAAUAAAGACCCCUACUUUAUGAAAAAUCAUUUGGGGUCAUACGAGUGCAAACUUUGCUUGACUCUUCAUAACAAUGAGGGCAGCUACUUGGCUCACACACAAGGAAAGAAACAUCAGACCAACUUAGCGCGGAGAGCAGCCAAAGAGGCAAAAGAAGCUCCUGCCCAGCCAGCUCCAGCAAAAGUGAAAGUGGAGGUGAAGAAGUUUGUCAAAAUUGGUCGACCGGGAUACAAAGUAACAAAACAAAGGGACCCCGAGACUGGACAGCAGUCCCUACUUUUCCAGAUUGAUUACCCAGAGAUCGCUGAAGGAAUUGGACCCAGGCAUCGUUUUAUGUCUGCUUACGAACAGCGCAUCGAGCCCCCUGAUCGCCGCUGGCAGUACCUGCUUCUGGCUGCUGAACCAUACGAGACUAUUGCCUUUAAGGUCCCGAGUAGAGAAAUUGAUAAAGCAGAAAACCGCUUCUGGACCCAUUGGAACAGAGAAACUAAACAGUUCUUCCUACAGUUCCACUUCAAAAUGGAGAAAGCUAUUUCCCAGUCUAGCGGACCCCCACCUCCUGUUGGCGUGAAGCGUCCUCCUCCUCUCAUGAGUGGACAUCGCCAGCCAAAUGAUUCUAUGCCCCCUCCCCCGCCAGGAGGGAUGCCCCCUCUCCCACCUGGUGCUCCCGGUAACCCCCAUAUGCCCCAUCAGAUGCCCAUGCCCCCCAUGCCAAUGAGACCGCCUCCUCCUGAAGGCCUCAUGUCUAAUAAUUGAUCCCCUACCAGCAGAUCGUGAUUGCUUUCAAUUACAUUUAAAGUCUACAUCUAGAAGAUUUUUAUACAUUUGUUUGAUUUAUGUAAAUGUGUAGGGCAGCCCAAAUGACCACACUGUUUUUGUAUAACUGCUUACGUUCUGGACGUGGAGCUACGAUUGAGAAUAGCUCAUCUUUUAACGUACUGUUUUUGUAAUUAAAUUCUUUGUUGAAAAAACA